CAGUGACAAACUGCAGUCCUAGUUCGUGCUCUGUUCCCUUUACAAAACUACUCUAGCAAGGGGAAAUGAAAUAAGACUGGACAUAAUUGUUUAUAGAAAAAUGUUGCUGGUAGAAUUAAGUUAAAUGGAACUGAAAAACUAAAACUCCUGAGAGUGAAUGUAAAGUUGCUGUAGGCUAUUUAUGGGAAAUGGCUUCAAGUCAGAAGGAUUGUUUGCUCUGUCCUGAGUGUAAGGAGAUCUACAAGGACCCUUUGCGCCUAACCUGCGCUCACAAUAUCUGCAAAGUCUGUCUGAAGCAGUCAUGGAAAACCAAAGGAUCCAGAGAUUGUCCAGUCUGUGGGAGGAGGUCAUCAAUAGAGGAGCCACCUGACUUUUCCUUACAAAAGUUGAAUCAGUCAUAUUCACAGGAGAGAGACGUGUCUACAAUCAAGAGAGGAUCACAAUACAGUCCAGCUGAAGCAGCAGUUGACCAUAAGAAAAUUGAGGAUACUGCUGAAACAACAAAGGACUUAGACCAGCUUUCAGGAGACUCAGACAGCCUGAGGAUGAACAAGAAAAAGAGAGUUCCAAUAUAUCCAAUAAGAAUUGUCUUACUAGGUAAGACUGGAACUGGGAAGAGUGCAUCAGGAAACACCAUCCUGGGAAGAGAUGCCUUCAAACAUGACUUUUCCUAUGACUCUGUGACCACAUUCUGUCAGAGAGAGUGUAGUCAGGUUGCUGGGCAGCAUAUUACAGUAGUUGACACCCCAGGAUUGUUUGGCACGUACAAGUCUGUUGACUUAACAACUGAGAUAAUGAGGUGUGUUGAGUUGUCUCUUCCUGGGCCCCAUGUCUUUCUGAUUGUGAUCCGUUUGGGAAGGUACACAGAGGCGGAUAGAAAUGCAGUUGAGUGGAUCCAGGAACAAUUUGGCAAAAGAGUGACACAGUUCACCAUGGUGCUGUUCACGUAUGCUGAUCAGCUGAGGGGAAAGCCACUGGAAACCCAUCUAAAUGCAGAGCUUCUUGCCCUGAUAAAGAGCUUUGGCGGUAGAUAUCACGUCUUUAACAACAUAGACAGGGCCAAAAAAUCUCAGGUGGAAGAGCUGUUAAAGAAGAUAGGUACCAUGGUAGAGGAGAAUGGCAGAGAAUAUUACACAAACAGGAUUGACCAGUAUGCGCAUGACAAGAUCAGAGAAGAGCUGAAGAGACUGGAGGUAGAAAGGAAAAGGAUCAAGGAAGAGCAGAGAAAAAUAGCUGAUGAGCUGAGAAAAGCUAAGGAAGAUGUGAAAAGAGCAGAUGAAAGAUUAGCAGCAGCAAGUGCAACAGUUAGUGCAACAGUUAUAGGAACAGGAGCAGCAUUAUUAGGAUCACUACUUGGUGUAGGAGUAGCAGCAGCUUUAGGCGCAGCAAUUGGAGGAGUAACAUUUUUAGCAACAAGAAGAGCAGUAGCAGGUGCAGGUGGAGCAGCAGCAGGAGGAGAAGUAGGAGCAGCAACAGCAGUAGAGGAGCAGAAGCAGCAGGAGGAGGAGCAGCAGCAGGAGGCGCCAUAGGAGGUGGAACAGCAUUUAUAAGUCCCAAUAUAGAGACUCAGGAAGAGCUGUUAAACAAGAUAGCUGCCAUGGUGGAGGAGAAUGGGGAAAAUGUUACAAAAAUGAGAGGUAUCAUGUAUCAUAUCAUAUCAAGAGGAGAGGAAGAGACAAGAGGAGGAAAGAAAAAUACAGGAGGCAGGAUACUAGCAGAGUUUAGAGUUGAGGAACGAAUAAAAGCAAAGACAGAGGAAAAUAUGACAGAUACAGUGCCCUCCAAAAGUAUUGGAACACAUUCUUAAAGUUAAAUAUAAAAUCAUCUUUUGGAAAUUGAUCUUAAUGCCUUAAAUGAGGAAAAAAAGGACAUAUUCAACCUUUAAGGACACCAAUUUUCUUUGUGAAUGAAUAAUGUAUUGUAAAUAAAUAAAUGUUUUCCUUAAAAUGCAGGGGUCAUAAGUAUUGGAAUGUUAAAUUCCCAUAUAGAGGAUUUUUUUUACUUGUAUUACUUUGUAACUUUUAUACUUUUUAAUCUAUAAAUUAAAAACUAUUACAAUUUCCCCCAUAGACUUAACAUUGCUCAUUAUGACAUCAUGGCAGCAAUUAGAAUCUUACGCCAGGUGGCCGGCCACCUGGGCACCAACUGUCAUUUUCUCAGGCAGCAAUUAGAAUGUUACGCCAGGUGGCCAGUCCAGGUGCAGCAGCUCUCUCUCUCUCUCAGGCAUUAAACAUACACUGGCUCUCUUGAGACUACAUUUUCUGUUCCCUAUAUCCUCUGCUCACAACUGUAUCAACAUAAGUCUUCCUAAUUCCAUCCAACUUUCUAUCCAUUCAUCUUCUUCAAACCAUUCACUCAUCCACCCAUUCUAAACAAUCUGCCUAUCAACAUCAAUUAGACGAUCUACAUUCAACUUUUAAACAAUCUACUCUGUCUCAGACUUAGGUAUCUCUACACUCUGGCUCUCUUAAGACUAGCCAGUUAAAUUGAUUACACCUGUAUCUGUAUCCACUACUCUCAGUAGAGAGCUGUGUCUCUCCAUUCUACAAGAAUACAAGGCACAUUCCAUCCAACUUUCUAUCCAUUCAUCUUCUUCAGACCAUUCACUCAUCCACCCAUUAAACUGUCUAUCAACAUCCAUUAAACUCUCUGUCUAUCAACAUUAAUUAGACUAUCUACAUUCAACUUUUAAAUUAUUUACUCUGUCUCAGGCUUUAAGGAUACACUCUGGCUCUCUUAAGACUAGCCAGUUAAAUUGAUUACACCUGUAUCAACUGUCAGUUUCUCUGGCUUUAAGCAUACAGUCUCUCAGAAGACUACAUAUCCUGUUAACUGUGUCCUCUGUCCACAACUUUUUCAAAAUAAAAGUCCUCACUGCUAUAAAACACUAUUAAAUCAUUUAACCAUUGAAACUACUCAUCUAUUGAACUGUUCAAUGAUUCCAACUGUCGGUUAUCAUCAACUAUGCUUCCAUUCAACUACAUGAAACCUCCAUGUACCUAGCAACCAACAUAGCAACCAUUAAGAUUAAGCGUUUAUGACCGUUUCCAUAGCAACCAACAUGA